AUGAUGCGUGAUCCUCCACGACGUGCAGAAGACGACAAGAGCCAGCGGGAACAACGUCGCCAAGAAGCCUGCACGAUCAAGACAGCAGAAGAUGACGAGAAGAUCAAUGGUGCUCGUGCCGACAGUGACGAUUUGAUGGACAAAGAAGACCUUUCUGAAGAGGAACGCUACGAACAGGCAACCAAGCGCUAUGAGACCGAGAUUCAACGACUCUCUGCAGCAGACGCCAAGUACCGGCGUCGCUAUGACGCCGAGAUGAAACGCAUUGGGGCGGCAUACAAGGAAAUUGAGCGUUCUGGCGAACCAAAUGACGACCGCUACGGGCCUCUCCGUCUUCAGGAACACAAAGCCAAGGAUGAAUACACCAAGAUCCAAAACCACCUCACGAUAUCAGUCAUCAAGGCCGGUGACGAGAGGCGCGAAGCAGCCCGUCGCAUCCGUCGCAUCCGUCGCAUCCGUCGCAUCCGUCGCAUCCGUGCUGCUGAGUUGGAGGAGUUGCGGCGCAACCAUGAUGCCCGUGCUGCUGCCCAUGAUGCUGAGAUGGAGGAGUUGCGUCGCAAUGGUUUUGCUGAGAUAGAGGAGAUUCGUCGCAACAAUGCUGCUGAGAUGAUGCGUGGAUUACAGGAGUUCGGCCUGGAGAACAACGCAGCCGUGUUGGAGCUUGAUCAUGCGGGAUUCUCUCCGUCCAGCCACGACGGUUCGGUCUUGCACUAG